GUGUGGUGGUGUGCCUGCACAAGUGCAUUGUUUGCAAGUUAUAAUUUAUUUAUAGUUUAACACCACGAAAUAUUUACACAGUGAUAUAAAAAUGCCAAGACGAAGUGGAAAGAAAAUAAAGCUGGAUAAUACAGUUUAUUUAGUUGGCAUUUCUGCACGAACAGUUACUUGCUGUCAAAGUUUAUUAUUAUUCGUCAAAAUUGUCAAGCAAAAAAGAAUGAGUUACAAUGAUAAACAUGAAAUUACAACAAAGGAAGACUGGCUUAAGCUUUUGGAAGAUAAAGAUAAAGACGUAGGCCGCACUAAUAUGAACAAACUUAUAAUGAAUUAUUUAGUAACUGAGGGGUUUAAGGAGGCAGCUGAGAAAUUCCAGCAGGAAUCAGGUGUUAUACCAUCAGUUGAGUUAAAUUCCUUGGAUGACAGAAUUCGAAUCCGAGAUGCAAUUAUUAAUGGACGAAUACAAGAGGCUACCAGUUUUAUUAACCAGCUGCAUCCAGAGUUACUAGACAAUGAUAGAUACCUAUAUUUUCAUUUACAGCAAUUACAUUUAAUAGAGUUAAUUCGUAACAAUAGAGUAGAAGAGGCCCUUGCAUUUGCACAAAGUCAUUUGAGUGAGGCAGGAGAAGAAGAUCCAUCGGUUUUAACUGAGUUAGAAAGGACAGUUGCAUUAUUGGCUUUUGAAGAUCCAAUAAACAGUCCCUUUGGUGAUUUAUUGGCCCCCUCACACAGACAAAAGAUUGCAAGUGAAGUUAAUGCAGCUAUUUUAAAAAUGGAACAUCAAGAAUCAACUGCACCCAAAAUUAACUCUCUUCUGAGGUUAAUUUUAUGGGCUCAAGAAAAACUAAACAAAAAGAAUAUAAAAUACCCCAGAAUGACUGAUUUAUCCAAUGCCACUAUUGAUGAAAAGUGAUUUUAAUAUUAUUUUUUAAUUUUAUGUAAUAUAAAUAUAAUAUGUAGAAGUCAUUUACUAUUAAUAUCUAUUUAUACAGGGUGUCGUAAAAUGCCUGUAAAACAAAAUACCAUUUACUUAUGUCAAAAGUUGCUUUGUUACCUGCCAGAGUUUCAAUGCUUUUUUACAAAUUUUGUAUUUUUCAUAUUGGAUCUGCUCCAAACAAAGCAACUUUUAAAUCUAUGGUCUUUCAUUGUACUGGAAUUUUACACACCUUUUAUAAUCUCAAAAUUAACUAAUAGACUGUAUUUUAAUUUGUAUAUUGUGGUUUAAUGUAGGUUUUUCAAAUAAAUUUGUACUUAGUA